UUACAGGACACGGCAAAGGAUGAAGGCGAGACUGAAGGAAGCAGGAUGAAUAAAUCAAGAAGGACCAGAAAGAAAGCCACCAAAGCACACCCCAGCUUAAAUGAUGUGGGAGAAAUGAAUAGAUCUGAUUCAAAAGAGAGGAUCAAUAACCAAAUGGUGCACCCUGAACUGGCAGAUCUGAGCCAAUGUGGCUCAGCUGGGCCUCAUGUGUUCCGCAACGACCAGGACUCCGAGGGUCAGACAACAGUGAUAAGACCACCAACUCCUAAAACGUCAACCGGUGCUGAAUUCAACCCAAACUCUGAUCGUGUCAGGGACAACACUCAGAUCUUGACCCCACCUCAACUUUCUUCUAGAAUGAAGCACAUUAAGCAAGAGAUGGCCAAAAAUCACCUCCAGUUUGUACAAUUCGAAGCAACAGACCUUCAUGGUGUGUCCAGAUCUAAGAGUAUCCCUGCACAACUUUUUCAAGAAAAAGUGGUCCAUGGUGUGUUCAUGCCCCGGGGUUACCUGGAGUUGAUGCCGGCUCCUAAGGACAACGAAGUGAAUCACAUACGAGCCACUUGCUUUAACAGUGACAUAGUCCUGAUGCCCGAGUUGUCGACCUUCCGGGUCCUGCCCUGGGCACAGAGGACGGCGCGUGUGAUCUGCGACACCUUCACGGUGACCGGCGAGCCCCUGCCCACCUCGCCCAGGCUCAUGGCCAAGCGGCAGCUGGGCCGGCUGCAGGAGGCGGGCUUCUCGCUGCUCUCCGCCUUCAUCCACGACUUCUGCAUCUUUGGCGUGCCCGAGGUGAUCAACGCCAAGACCCUGUCUUUCCCCGCCGCCACGUUACUGAAUAACCACGACCAGCCCUUCAUGCAGGAGCUGGUGGACGGCUUGUGUCACACCGGGGCCAACGUGGAGAGCUUUUCCUCCUCCACCAGGCCUGGGCAGAUGGAAAUCUCUUUCCUGCCUGAAUUCGGCAUCAGCUCAGCCGAUCACGCGUUCACGCUCAGAACGGGCGUCAAAGAAGUGGCGAGGAGGUACAACUACAUAGCCAGCUUUUUCAUCGAGACCAGCUUCUGCAACUCGGGCAUCUUGUCUCACAGUGUCUGGGAUGUGGCAGGGACCAAAAACAUGUUCAACAGCAACGUCGUGGUCAGCCAGGGCGGCGGCUGCAGCGCGGGAGGCGAGCGCCUGUCGGUGCCCGGGCGGCGCUGGCUGGCCGGGCUCCUGAAGCACGCGGCUGCGCUCAGCUGCCUGAUGGCCCCGGCCACCAGCUGCCGCAAGCGCUACUCCAAGGACAGCAGAGACCCGAAGGACAGGGUGCCCACCACCUGGGGGUUCAACGAUAACAGCUGUGCCUUUAACAUCAAGUGUCACGGCGAAAGAGGCACCCAGAUCGAGAACAGACUGGGCUCAGCCACAGCAAACCCCUAUCUGGUGCUGGCCGCCACCGUGGCAGCGGGCUUAGAUGGGCUGCAGAGCAGUGACGAGCCCUGCGCCAGUGCAGAACAAAGCUCAGAUCUGUGUCCAUCCAAACCUUCCGAGAUCCCCUUGAAGCUGGAGGACGCCCUGGUGGCGCUGGAGGAAGACGAGUGUCUGAAGCAGGCUCUGGGAGAAACUUUCGUUCGCUAUUUUGUUGCCAUGAAGAAAUACGAAUUGGAGAACGAAGAAACAGAUGCCGAGAGAAAUAAAUUCUUAGAGUAUUUUAUUUAG